GUCUGAGAAGUGGGACUAAAAGAUGUGUAGUGAGACAGAGCUGGAAAUAUGGGGUUUGUGAGUAGUUUGAGUAUGGGAUUGUGAUGUUUUAAGAGGAUUUUGGUGAAGAAGCUUUCAGUUUAGUCCAGGACAGGGUCUCUGAUUUAGACAUCAAAAUGAAUUUUGACUUCUUAUUAGACUAAUUAAUUUUUUAGAUAGAAGCUUUUUAAAAAAUAUUUUUGUUGUAGAUGGACAUAAUAACUUUAUUUAUUUAUUUAAUGUGGGGCUGAGGAUCGAACCCAGUGCUUCACAAGUGCCAGGCAGGCAGGCACUCUACCACUGAACUGCAACCCCAGCCCUAGGUAGAAAUUUUAAGGAAUUUCUAAAUGUGCUAUUAUUAAAAGUUUGUUUGUUUUCUUUUUUGUAUGUUACUCUUUUUGCUUGGAGUACUUAUUUACUUUACCUGGCAUUUCAAGAUUCAGCUCAGUUAUCUCUUCUCAGAAGCCUUUUUUUUUUUUAAUAUUUAUUUUAGUUGUAGUUGGACACAAUACCUUUCUUUAUUUUAUUUUUAUGUGGUGAUGAGCAUCGAACCCAGGUCCUCACGUGUGCUAGGCUCAACAUGCGGAGUUCAGUGACCUGGCACCAAGAAGCCCAGGUCUGUGUGAAAGGAAGAGGUUACAGAGGUUUUGGAAGAUGACCUAAGUCAGUCGGACUGGGCUAGUGAGCCUGAGUUGCUGAGUGAUGUUAGCCAUCUAUCUUUUGUUGAAAGUGGAGCAGAGUCUCAGCCUGAUGCCCAAACUCAAAAGCCUUUCCCCAUCACCAAAGCAUCACAACGAGAAUCAGCAUCUGUCUGUUCUGGAUCUCUUGACGGAGUUGAAUAUUCAGAACGAAAGGAAAAAGGAGUUGUGAAGAUGACUGUGCCGAGGACACUUGCUUUCUGCUAUCUGUCCUUACUUUGGCAGAGAGAAACAAUUACUCUUUCUGAUCUUCUGAGAUUUGUUGAAGAGGGCCAUAUUCCCUACAUAAAUGCAUUCCAGCAUUUUCCAGAAGAGAUGAAAUUAUAUGGGCGUGACAAAGGAAUUUUUGCUAUAGAGUCUUGGCCUGACUAUGAGGAUAUCUAUAAAAAUGUGAUUGAAGUUGCCACAUUUUUAGAUUUGCCUCGUUUUCCAGACAUAACUGAAGCCUGCUACCUUCAUCCCAAUGUCCUGAGUAUGAAAUACCUAAUGGAAGUGAAUCUCCCUGAUGAAAUGCAUGGAUUAACCUGCCAAGUGGUAAAAAUGACUGGAAUAGGAGAAGUAGAUUUCCUAACAUUUGAUCCCAUAGCUAAAAUGGCAAAAGCUGUUAAAUAUGACAUACAAGCUGUAGCUGUCAUUGUGGUUGUAUUGAAACUGCUCUUUUUAUUGGAUGACAAUUUAGAAUGGUCUUUGUCUGAUCUUGCUGAAAUACAUAAUGAAGAGAACAAGCAAGAUAAGCCAUGGUUUGAGUUCAGAAAGUGGUAUCAAGUCAUGAAGAAAGCCAUUGAUGAGAAAAGACAAAAAUGGGAGGAAACAAGAGCAAAGUACAUGUGGAAAAGUGAAAAACCACUCUACUACUCACACAUCGACAGACCAGUAGUAUAUAAAAGAAGAGAAAUGGUGGUAAAUCUACAAAAGCAAUUUAGUGCACUGGUUGAUUCAACACCAACUAUUGAAAAAAAAAGCCCUUCAAGUUUUCAGUUCAACUGGGCUAAAGAAGAUGCUGAUAGAACUUGUUUCCAUGGACAUAGCCUCCAGGGAAUCCUGAUAAAGAAAGGCCAGUCGCUGAUGACCAAGAAUUCAUUAUACUGGCUUAGUACCCAGAAAUUCUGUAGAAGCUACUGUAAACAUGUGACAACCUAUGAAGAAUCAAAUUUUUCUCUGAGUUACCAGUUUAUACUCAAACUCUUCUCCUUCUUGCUGAGAAUAAAGACAUCUCUUCUCCAUGAAGAAGUGAGCUUAAUUGAAAAGAAACUUUUUAAAAAAAAAUAUAGUGAAACAAAACAGAAAUUUUCAAGAUCCAGGAAAGUACGAAGACAUUGAAAAAAUGAAAUAGAAACUUUCUUGGAUAAAUACUUCUAACAGUGAAGUAAUGUCAAAUUGUAACAUAACGUAUAACAUUCUAGGGUAUUAUGAAAAAUAUUACUGAGCAUGGGCGUGUGCACACAUAUGCACAUCAAUUGUGUAUAAAAAUAUGUAUUGUAAAACAGGCGAAGGGCUGGGGAGAGCACUUGCCCAACAUGCACAAGACCGUGGUUCUUUGAGAAAUUUAAAACAAUAAAUUAUAUAAAUGGUA